UGUCGCUUCAGAGCGGGCGUUUAAAACCGCUCGUUUUCGUCCUCUCUCUCUCUCUCUCAUGGACGAUCCUCCUCCUCCUCUCUUUCCCAAAUCUUUCGAGCCCUAGAUUCCCGUCCUCUUUUCUUUCUAACCCUAGAUUUGAAAACCCUAGAGAGAUUUUUCUUUUUCUCUUUUUAUUUCUUGAAUUUGUCGUUUUUCUCAGAUUUGGGCGAAAGAGGGAGGAGAUUUGUUUCUGUAAUGGGGACGAAUUUGAUCUCGGACGAUUACGACUGGAUCAACGACGUCGGAAGUUCUGAUGCCGAAUUCCGCUGGACUCUCGACGGUUUCAACGAUCUUCCCAACAACUGCGUGGAGAUUGAUGAUGCUUACAAAAAUGUUGGUGGUCUUGAACAAACCAGCUCUAGGAAAAGGGCGAGGGAUGAUUCACUCGCUGGACCCAAGUCUAAAGCAUGUCGUGAGAAAAUGCGGAGGGAGAAAUUGAAUGACAGGUUCUUGGAAUUGGGUUCUGUUCUCGAACCUGGGAGACCACUUAAGUCUGACAAAGCCAUGAUAUUGUGUGAUGCUGCUCGUGCGUUGGUACAGUUGAGAAGUGAGGCGCAGCAGCUUAAGGAAGCAAAUGAAAAGCUUCAGGAGACAAUUAAAGACUUGAAGGCUGAGAAGAAUGAGCUCCGAGAUGAGAAGUCCAAGCUGAAGAGAGACAAGGAGAGGUUAGAGCAACAGGUCAAAGCCAUGACUGUGCCGCCAGUAGGAUUCAUGCCUCACCUAGCCCCACUCCAUGCAGCUGCCGCAGCUGCCUUUGCUGCUCAAGGUCAAGCUGCAGCGAACAAGACAGCACCAUUCCCAGGCUACCCUGGUGUGGCCAUGUGGCAAUGGAUGCCCCCUGCAGUGGUGGACACCUCACAAGACCACAAGCUGCGGCCGCCUGUUGCUUAAGAUUGGAAUUCGAUUUGUAAACUCUCUGCCGGAGGUCUUUUGAAAUCCGGUAACCAACAUCUCGUUGCUAACUGUUUCUUGGAAUAAUUCGACCUUGUUGUCUUGUUUAUUACUAUUAUUGUUAUUAUGUCUAGGCUGUGAGAAACAACACCUGUAUCGCAGCCGUUUUCUGGCGAAAACAUGCAAGCUUUUUGUA